CUUCGCUCCGUAGGUGUGCGUCUGGACCGUGUCCGGGGAGGGCGGCAGAAAUACAAGCGAAGGAUUGACAUUGAGAACAGCUCAUAUUUCAGUUUACAGCUGCCCCCAGCCAAAAAAACAGUCAGUCAGAUUGUGUCCCACCUCCUGGUGGCUGAGCCGGAGAAGAUCUACGCCAUGCCAGACCCCACCGUGCCCGAGAGUGACAUCAAAGCCUUGACCACGCUGUGUGACCUGGCCGACAGGGAGCUCGUGGUCACCAUUGGCUGGGCCAAGCACAUCCCUGGGUUCCCAGCGCUGUCUCUCGGGGACCAGAUGAGUUUGCUCCAGGCGGGUUGGAUGGAGCUGCUGCUGCUGGGCGUGGCUUACCGCUCGCUGCCGUACGAGGAGGAGCUCGUUUACGCGGAGGAUUACAUCCUGGACGUGGAGCGGGCGCGGGUGACGGGGCUGCUGGAGCUGCACGUGUCCAUCCGCCAACUGGUCCAGCGCUACAGAGGCUUACAGCUGGAGAGGGAGGAGUUUAUCACACUGAAAGCCCUGGCAUUGGCCAACUCAGACGCGGCUCAGAUUGAGGAUGUGGGGGCUGUGCAGAGACUCCAGGACCUGCUCCACGAGGCGCUGCAGGAGCAUGAGGGCGGCCGUCACGCCCAGGGCCCUCGCCGGGCCGGCAAACUGCUCAUGACGUUGCCGCUACUGCGGCAGAUCAGCACCAAAGCCGUGCAGCACUUCUACAGCGUGAAGCUACAGGGCCAUGUUCCCAUGCACAAGCUCUUCCUUGAGAUGCUGGAGGCCAAGGUCUGAGGGUGACAGACA